CAUGGAGCACCGACGAGGAAGGAGCUCUUUCUCGCUUUGCUGAGAGUCGUUCAACGGCCUGUCUAACUCAAAGCCGAAACUAGAGCGGAGAAGAACAAGCUUUCCAGACUGCACCUGGGAAUCCACUCGAACCAUGUUCGCGGUAACGACACUUCUGUUUGCGGCGAUUACUGGGAGCGUAGCGUGCGCCGAACAUAGGUGUGGUGUACGUGGCCGCAGUUGCCUCUCUGCGCAGCAGAGGAUCGUUGGGGGCGAAAGAGCCGAUAAGCUCGAGUUUCCCUGGCAGAUAUCACUACGCCGUAUGGUACCACAGAUCAACCUGGACCGGGGACACUCUUGCGGAGGCUCCAUCAUCAACAGCCGCUACGUCCUCACAGCUGCACACUGCAUCACAGGGCAAAUCACGUUCCCGACAGACUUUUUCGUUGUUGUGGGAGAGGAAGACAUUACCAGGAGGGAGAGCACCGACGACGUAAUCCAAGUGCUAAAGGUCACCAAGCACCCACAGUGGGACAGAAACACGCUGAACUAUGACUACGCUCUUCUGGAGCUAAGCACUCCCCUGGAUUUCGAAGGGCGGCACAAGCACUUGAUGCCCAUUUGCUUGCCCGAGAAGGAUCAGGACUUCGAGGGACAAAACUGCACCAUCAGCGGAUUGGGACUCACCAGGGACAGAACGGAAGGAGGCAGGGUCCCAGCCGAAUUACAGAAGGCUGACGUGCCCGUGCUGAAGCAUUCAACUUGCCGUGAGUUCUACGCGGGCUUCAAUCGGGUCCAGGAGGAUACCAUGAUCUGCGCUGGACUCGAGGAAGGAGGCCGCUCCGUGUGCCAGGGCGACUCCGGGGGACCGCUGCAGUGUCCUCGAGCCGACGGUCGCUACGUGCUCGCAGGUCUCACGUCCUGGGGAAUCAAGUGUGCUGCCCCCAGAAUGCCGGGCGUCUUCGCGCGGGUCGCCACGCGCCUUGACUGGAUACGAAGCGUGGUCGGAGAGACACCCUGAUUCCUUCAAUAAAGCUACUCUGACUUGCAUUCGUUUUA